AUGGCCGGCUUUCCCAAUCGUUUUGGACAGACAUCAAGUAGCCCUUUUGGGUCAUUAGGCUUUGGCCAGGCUAGUGGUACUACCAAGAAUCCUUUUGCUCCCACACCCUUCGGUGUUCCAACCCCUUUUGGCUCUCACGCUGGGAAUUCCAUGUUCGGGGGAACUUCUACAGGUAAGUUCGGUGCACCAUCCUCAACCUUCCCAUCUACAACAUUUGGGUAUGUCUCGCCAUCUCCUGCAUUCGGAAACUCAAUGCCUGCUUUUGGAGUAUCUAGCACUCCUGCUUUCGGUAAUUCUCCGCCAUUAGUUGGGGGGUCAUCUGCCUUCCAUCAGAAUUCUGGUUUUGGAGGAUUUGGGUCGAAUACAACUCCAAAUCCAUUUGGAGUCACAAACCAGCAAUCACAGGGGAGUAGCUUGUUUGUUUCAAUGGCACCUUCCAGGCCAGGCCCUGAGCCUGGAUUCUAUGGUACUAGCACGCCUGUCUUCGGUUUGGCAAGCACCCCUGCCUUUGGCUCAACAAACACCCUAGCCUUUGGUGCUGCAAGCACUCCAGCGUGUGGCACGACAGGCUCCCCAUCAUUUGGAUCGACAGCAAAUCCACCAGCUUUUGGUAGCACAGGGGUAGCCUCUGGUGUGUCUAGUACCCCAGGUUUUGGAUCUUCAAAUACUUCCAUUUUUUGCUCAUCAAGCACUCCAGCAUUUGGGGUAUCACAUCCUCAAAACUUUGCUGCAUCUAGUACUCCAUCAUUUAACUUCGUACCCUAUUCAGCUUUUGGUCAGUCAACUGCUGCAUUUGGAAGCAGUCCCUUUGGAGCACAGAGUUCUACAUAUGGGUCCCUGCCGUCAACACCAAGCUUUGCAAGCUCAGGCUUUGGACAAGCACCAGUUGCCAUGCCUGUCUACAAAGAGAAAAGCCACGAGGAGUUAAGAUGGGAGGAUUAUCAAUCUGGAGACAAAGGUGGGGCGCUUCCCUCUGGUCAACAAUCUGGCCCAAUAAGUUUUAGACCGCCAACAGCACAGUCAAACCCAUUUGGUCCUUCAUCUACAUCUGCUAGUCUUUCUUUGAGUAAUCCAUUUGUCCCCAAGGGUUUUGGACCAUCAGCUGCCUCAGCCUUCAGUUCUUCAGCUUUGAGUGCUUCAACGGAAGUUAAGCCUUUUCACUCGCCCUCAUUUCCAUCCACAUCAAGUGGUGCAUUUGCUACCACAUCUCCAUCUCUCUUUGGCCCAUCAAGCUCACCGAGUCUUAGUUCUACACACUCCCUGUUUGCUUGUCCUACUAGAGCAACAUAUCCUACCGUGGCUCUUCCCAACUGUUCUUCUACAUUGUUUGAAGUGCCCACGUCUUCGCUUGGACAAGCAGAUUCUGGAUUUCGACCAACUACCUCUGUAUAUGGACCGAGUUCCACCUCUACAUUUGGUCCAUCAAACACAUUCAGUACCCCGGUGCAAGGAAGCAUUUCCUCAGGCUUUAGUUUCAUACCAUCCGGCUUUACUUCUUCUGCUCAAGGAACAACUUCAGCAUUUAAUCCUACCAUGGCUUUUCCCAACAGUUCUCCUACACCGUUUCAAGCAAUCACACCUUCACUUGCACAAACAGGUUCUCUAUUUGGACCAACUACCUCUUCCAUUCAACAGAGUAGCCCCUUGAUAUUUGGUCCUUGCGGUAAACCAGCCAGUUCGCUUCAAGAACGCCUUUUCUCAAGCACUCCAUCUUUAUUUCCUUCAGCCAACCCAGUCUCUGCUGCAGCAACACCUUUUCAACCGGGUCCAUGUAGCUUUUGCCUGUCUCGAGGUGGGACAAGUUUGUUUGCUGAUGCAUCUGGUCAGGACCCAUUAUCAACACCAUUUGGUACUAGAACGGUACCUUAUUUGGCAACCGAUCAGGCAGAGUGGGGAAGAGAGCAGCCUGAACCUAUGAAGUUACAUUCUAUAUCCGCCAUGGCUGCCUACAACAAGAAGAGCCAUGAAGAGCUGCGAUUUGACGAUUAUCAAUGGGGAGUUAAAGGUGGACAGAAUCUCUCUGGUCAAGCUCCUGGUGGAACUGCUUCGACAGUCGAGUCGAACCCAGCUGGUCCAUCAUCGGCAUCUGCACAAUCUUCGGCUAAUCCAUCUUCUUUGCCAGCCCCAGCUAGUCAGUCAUCUGCUCCAAAUGUCAAUGCGCUGUGCUUGGUUUUUGUUUUUUGUUCUCUGAAUCAGUAG